GGAACUACAGCGUCAUCGUGUUUACUAAAGUGGCUGAGGAAGCUAACGUCCUACUGUUACCUAGCCAGUUCCUCUCGUUUAGUUGUUCUUGGAUUGCAGAGACCGAAAUCAUGCCUUUCUUUACAACCCUGAAAACAAUUUCAGUUCUGCGGUAUUGGACGCGGUAAUUUAGGGGCACUCAACUUGCAUAGCUAGGUUGCAAAUAUGGAUGUUUGCUUUCGGAACUAGCUGUCCUAGCUAGUUUGUGUUAGCUGCUUUGCGCAAGGCCGCUAGAGCUCUCAAGGUACAACAAUCCAUACAUCCAUCAGAACUACCAUCAUGACUCGUGAUAUCGUGAUUGGAGACGAGCUGCCUGACUGGGCAGGAGCAAAGGAGUUUUACCAGAAGUAUGAUCCCAAGGAAGUGAUUGGCAGGGGUGUCAGCAGUGUGGUGCGCCGGUGCAUCCGCAAGCAGACGGGGCAGGAGCUGGCUGUGAAAAUCAUUGAGAUCACUGCUGAGAAGAUGACUGAACAGCAACUGGAUGAAGUGAAAAACUCUACUCUGAAGGAGAUCCACGUUCUCAACAUUAUCAAAGGACACCCUUCCAUCAUUACGCUGAUUGAUUCCUAUGAGUCAGCGACCUUCAUAUUUCUAGUAUUUGACCUUAUGAGAAGAGGAGAGCUGUUCGACUAUCUGACUGAAAAAGUGACCCUUAGUGAGAAAGAAACCAGGAGCAUGAUGCGUGCUCUGCUGGAGGCCGUGCAGUAUCUCCAUUCCCUCAACAUCAUCCACCGAGACUUGAAACCGGAGAACAUCCUCCUGGACAACCAAGGGCACAUCAAACUCUCCGACUUUGGCUUCUCAGUGCAGCUACAGCCCUCUGAGCAGCUCAGAGAGCUCUGUGGGACCCCUGGUUACCUGGCCCCCGAAAUCCUGAAAUGUUCCAUGGAUGAGACCCACCCUGGAUACGGGAAGGAGGUUGACCUCUGGGCCUGUGGGGUGAUCCUCUUCACACUGCUGGCAGGGUCUCCGCCCUUCUGGCACCGCAAGCAGAUGCUGAUGCUGCGGAUGAUCAUGGAGGGCCGCUAUCAGUUCACGUCGCCUGAGUGGGACGACCGCUCAGAUACCGUCAAGGAUCUGAUCUCCAGGUUGCUGGUUGUGGACCCCAUACAGCGGCUGACCGCAGGGCAGGCUUUGGCUCACCCAUUCUUUCGCCUGUACCAGAGGGAUGUGCGGCUCUUCAGCCCGAGGAAAACGUUUAGGGUUCUGAUCUUGACCGUACUGGCCGCCAUCCGCGUCCGCUUCCGCUACGUGCGCAGCAGGCCGGUGACGCGCGACAUCCUGGCCAGGGACCCGUACUCGCUGCGGGGCGUGCGCAAGCUCAUCGACGGCUGCGCCUUCCGCAUCUACGGCCACUGGGUGAAGAAGGGCGAGCAGCAGAACCGCGCCGCCCUCUUCCAGAACACCGCCAAGAUCGUCCUGAUCGGGCUCGAGGAUUUUGAAACUUGAAAGGGCAAAGGUUAAAACAGUCCAACACCACCCCCCUCCCUUCGCCCCCCAACCCCCCCCCCCCCCCCCCGCACAACACUGUAUUGUACUGCUACAUGUCAUUUAAUAUUUUUAAUAUCAGGUAAUUAUUGGUUUUGUUUGUUAACAUGCGUGUUUUUAUGUGUGGUUUGGAUCCAUUGAUUCAGGAGUAGCCACCCUGCCAUCUUAGAGAGCAGUGGUGAGGUUUCAUUGCACCUUUGCACUUUACUUGUCAACUAAGAGAAGAGAUGGGUCUGAAAGUAAGGUGAUACUAAUGUGCGAGGCUAUAGACACUGUGAUUUGUUCUCUUAAGAGUGCCUCAUUUGAAAGACCCCAUGCACUAUGCUUGUCAAGGUUUAGGGUGGUCUACUUCUGUCACGUGUGUUUAAAUCUGCAGGGGAAGCAGAGAUUCUGUGUUGGUUCCUGCAUUCAUUCCCCAGCUUUUCACUGAAAACUAUUUAGUUACCAUUCCUUUGCCCAUAGUGGGAGGGAUUUAUCUGAAGUUCUGCCUUUGCUGUCCAUUUGUCUUCCUCCAUUCCCCUCCUAAUUUUAAUCUUAAUCUUUAUAAGAAUGUCUACAUCAACGUUCAUUCCAUCUGUAAAGGGGAUCCAGAGCUAAAACAUAUUUGGCAUUCCCACUUGGUUAAAAAACAAACCGGAACCGGGACCUUAACAUAGAAAACAAUGUUACUGUACAAUUAUUGUUAACCUUGAUUUUAAUCUCUUUGUUACGUCCUCCUAUGUUGCGUGAAUGAAGAACAUACAAGGUUGCUGUGGACUAAUUCAUUUUAACGCUGUAGCCACUAGGUAGUCCCAUUCUGUUGGAGCUACUAUAUACCACUGGUUCAACUGAGGGCAGAUCGAAAUAGGCUGAAAGCCUCAUACACCGGAAAUGCCCCUCUAAUAUAGAGAUACCUCAGAUAUUUUAGACUUUACCAGUGGCCAGGCUGUAAAACACAGGGCAUGCUCGAGUACAGCAAACUGUUGACCUCAGAGUGUUUUACAAUGCUGUGUAACAUGAGAAAAUAUAUGUGCACAAUAUUAUUAUUCUUAUAGUCCGAGAGUGUGUAUGUGUUUAAGUUUAUCUUAUAGGAACCAUGGUACAGUGGUGGCAAGUGCAAUGAUCAAGCACUCAUUUUUACACAAGAGAGCUACAAACCACAAGCAUUGUGUUUAGAUAGAAAUAGUUAAUGCCAUUUAUAAACCUCUGAAUGAAUACCCACCAUGACUACAGACUGAAAACAUAACAUGACUGUUUAUCAGAGCACUUGGGUCAUUUUUAUUUCGCUACUACUAACAUUUUUUCAAAAGUGUAUUGUUCUUUUAUGGUAUGAACUGCGAAAAGUUACAGUUUGUAUUUUAUCAGGUUGAUUGUAUUUUAAUGUUGGUAAUCUGAAAUGUUUAAUCAGAGUAAAUUUAGUUUAUUAUCGGUCUAAAAUGUGUAAACCUACAACCUAAAUUGUAAUAUGCUAUUUUUAUCAAUUCACUGUAUUCUUGUUUUAUUUAAUUUUAGAAUAUAAAAGCUAAGAACAAUAAAUAUUUACCAACCAAA